CAUUAGACCACUAUCUGCAUCUGUAUCUGGGAAAUAUCUUCAACACAAGGCAACAAUCAUGACACUACCCGAGACCGAAACCGAAAACGAAACCCAUCAUCACUUGAAUGUCUCGAUUGAGCUCCUCUCCUCUGUUCUUCAUGAAAUCCCCAAAAUCCAAAGCUUCAAAGGAAAGUGGUCCCUCAUCUCAGCCAAACUCACCCAUCUCCAAACCCAACUCAUUAAUCCCGAUUUCUUCUCUAACUGCUCCUCCAACCCUCUCUCCCUCCACCUUCUCCGCUCCCUCUCCCUAACCCUUCACGACGCCGUUUCCCUCGCCAUAGAGUGCCACUCCCCCAACCCCUCCCAGGGCAAGCUCAAGACGCAGAGCGACCUCGACUCCCUCCUCUCCACCCUCCACCGCCACGUCACCGACUGCGACAUUCUCUUCCGUACCGGACCCGAACCCACCAACAACCUCAUUACCCGCUUGCAAAUCGGGUCACUCGACUCCAGAAAUUCCGCCAUGGACUCCUUGCUGGGUUUGCUCCAUGAGGACGAUAAGAGUGUCAUGAUCACCGUGGCGCAGGGUGUGGUUCCCGUGCUCCUGCGCUUGCUUGAUUCAUCCUCCUCUUCCGAGAUUAAGGAAAAGGCCGUUUCAGCCAUUUCAAGAGUUUCAGUCGUGGAUAGCACCAAGCACGUUCUCAUCACGGAGGGUUUGUUGCUAUUGAAUCACUUGCUCCGAGUUCUUGACUCGGGAAGUGGGUUCGCGAAAGAGAAGGCUUGCGUUGCGCUUCAAGCACUGAGUUUCUCGAAGGAGAACGCCAUGGCGAUCGGGUCAAGGGGUGGAAUCUCGUCUCUGUUGGAGAUUUGCCAGGCUGGCACGCCCUGUUCGCAAGCAUUCGCAGCUGGGGUUCUCAGAAAUCUCGCGGCUUUUGAAGAAAUCAAGGAGAACUUCAUCGAGGAAAACGCGGUUCUUGUUCUUUUGGGGGUCGCUUCUUCGGGAACCGCAUCGGCGCAAGAGAAUGCAAUUGGGUGUUUGUCCAAUUUGGUGUCGGAGGAAGAAAGUUUGAAGCUUUUGGUCGUUAAGGAAGGUGGGGUCGAGUGUUUGAAGAAUUUCUGGGACUCGGGUGGGAGUCUCGAGGUUGCGGUUGAGUUUCUGAUGAACUUGGCUUCGAAUUCGAAGGUUGCUGAGGUUCUCGUUUCUUAUGGGUUUGUGCCCCGCGUUGUUGGGGUGUUGAAUUGUGGGGUGAUGGCGUUGAGAAUUUCUGCGGCUAGGGCUGUUUAUGCUUUGGGGUUCAGCAGCACAAAGGCGAGGAAAGAGAUGGGUGAAUGUGGGUGUGUUACCCCUUUGAUUAACAUGUUGGAUGGUAAGGGUGUGGAAGAGAAAGAAUCAGCUGCGAAAGCCUUAUCGAUGUUGAUGUUGCAUGCAGGGAAUAGAAGGGUUUUCCGUAAGGAUGAGAGGGGCAUAGUGAGUGCUGUUCAGCUCUUGAAUCCUUUGUUGCAGAAUUUGGAUAAGAAAUACCCUGUUUCGUUGUUGGCCUCGCUCGUUCAUUCCAAGAAGUGUAGGAAGCAAAUGGUUGCUGCGGGUGCUUGUCUAUAUGCGCAGAAACUUGUUGACAUGGAUGUUGAGGGGUCCAAGAAACUCUUGGAAAGCCUUGGUCGUGGUAAGAUUUGGGGUAUUUUUGCAAGACCCUAAAAAUGAAAUGAAAAAAUCAACUCAUUUUUCGACUUUUUCAAAUCUUGGUAUAGGAACAGGCGUUGAUUCAUUGAUCUGUAUGUACGAUAGGUUUUUUUUUUUCCUUCAGUUUUUGUCCUUUUUAAUUUUUAUUUCAUUUUGAGAUGUCUAUAAUUGAUGUUUAUUUAUCCUGCAGAAGAUAGGUUUUGUCUAGUUGAUUUCUGUGAUAGCUUGUGGUAAUA